AUGACGAGCCAUUCGACGAGUGAUUUGAGUCAGCAAGACGGUCGUGAAAACCGAAAUGUGGCUGUUAAAUGCGAUGGCAAGACUCAAGGUGCUUCCAUUUGCCUUUGGCCUGUACAUUGGCCAGUCAGAUCGGGUCGUCUGCUUGGCCAUCAGGCCGAGGCAAUAAAUAAUGCAGACUCCGCGGAAAGCAUGCGUGCCAUUCUCGUGGAGACCAGACGGUCUGAUCGUGCCCGACAAAUGGUACCAGAAAAGGGCAAUCACAGAGAUGAGGCCAGACCAAUCGAGAUGUCUGCCUCCAACCCCUUUGAGUCCGUCUCUUAA